AUGUCCGAUCGCACCCCCUCGGCACCACUCCGUACAGGGCCCCCUUCACCGUCGUCUCCUGCUCCUUUCACAUCUCUCAAAGACAGCUUACAACCGACUAUUACGCCCGAUCAGAUUCCCCAGACGCCGACAUCGCCUCCGUUGAUGUCGGUAAGCGCUCCGAACAAUGCCUCCGAUUUCGCAUCCAUGCAAGCAUUACCCAACCAGGCGACAUCACAACCUGCUAGCCUCUCAUCUCCGCCUUCCUCCGCACCCAUGUCUACUCAGACCUCUCAGCAGCCAACAGCAGGCAUAACAAACUCGUUUCCAACCCCAGCCAGCAGCGUCGACCCAGACCAUACCGAUAAGUCGUUUGGCACAGGGAUAUCAGAAACAGGAGCGCCUGGCCCGGCUGGUGCCAGUGUUGUGCCGAGUCAACAAUCAGAACACAGGCGGACAGAUCAUGACAGGAAUUCGGAAUCCCCUCAGACAGGAACAGGGGUACGGGAUUUUGCACAGAUGGGCGGCUCUUCCCAAGUUCCCCAUGGCGAUGCCAUGGAGCUUGACACAGAACCAUCAGCACACACUAAUUCCAGCUGGCCGAGCUUAGAAUCCUUGCAGAAAGAAUUCUCGUCCGCCUACCAUCUUUGCAAAAGCUCCCAUAUUGCGACUGGACCAGACCCAUCAGUCGACCUAAUCUCGCUGUAUGGUUUAGGACCUGUAGCAAGAUCGGUUGCAAGAAAUGACCCUGUCACGGGAGAGAAGAUCAAUCGGCUUCGGAAGUCAUACGAGGGCAAGCUGAAAGGCUUAGGUCUAUCUGGACGGAAUAAACCGGUGAAGCACGACUCCUCAACUCCUGGUGGGCUCCGACAGAUGACGAUGUGGCCCGAAGAAGAGUGGCAAAACCAGAAAGUUUUUGGCAAGGAAAUAAAGGUGGCAGAUAUGGAUUCAGCGCUACACAACCUACAGAUGAAAGCUAUGAAAAUGGAGCCUGGGCCUGUACCAAACAACGAUUACUGGGAAGAUAUGCUAGGUCAUGACAAGCCUACGAAGAGUACAAGCAUAGGGGAAGCUGCGAAAAAGCCUGCUGCUCCCCAAAAUUCCGUUCGAACUGGCGCCCAGCCGAAUGGAACACCGAUAACAGCAGAGUCAGACCGAAGUCGCCCGAGCCGGGGGCGCAAGAGGAAUUACGAUGACAAUAGCUUUGUGGGAUACGGCGAGGGUUACGCGGAUGAUGAUGAUGAGAGCGGGUUCUAUUCGAACAGUGACGGGGGUGGGAAGAAAAAACGGAAGAAGGAUCACGUCUCCAAAAUUCCUGCGCCUCCGGACAGAGGGGGUAGCUAUGGAGUCGGGAUGUUCGGGAUUGGUGCGAGGUGA